CACUCGUGGGCCGGCGCGGGCGAGUGUGCGCAAGGCUCUGGCCAGACGGGACCAGCGGGAGGUCGAGCGAGCGAGAAUCAGUAAAGACAUUAAUUAUCGUAAGGAGAGUAAAAGGAACCGUGAGUGCUUGCGGCCGCUCCAUACACAGUGUAAUACGAUGAAGGUCGCACGACAGAGAAAACGGCGGCUGCGGCGGUGAAGUCGGCAUCGGAUGAAGCAAAAGUGACGCGAUAAUUUGUGUUGUGACGUGUUGCAAGGCGAACGCUUGCAAUCAUGAACACCUAUUGUGAGAGGGUCUUUGGACAGAAUGUCUUGAAUAGACUGCAGCAAUCGCCUGCGAAGAAAAUGCCUGUAAAACAAAUGCCCUUGAAGAACAAGACGGCGUCCCUGUUUAAGCUCGUCACCGUGGAGUUUUGCGACUACACGGGCUCCUUCACGGUGGUGGGGCCGGACCAGGGCACGAGGGCCGAGUUCGUCCGGACGCAGCUCAACCAGAUGAAGGAAGGUGUUAAGAGCAAGCCUGUCCUACUGGUGAUCUCCCUCGCAGGCGUAAAGGUGUGCAGUCCUGAUGGCAAGACCGUGUAUAUGGCACAUGCGUUGAGGAGGAUCAGCUACGCGACUUGUGACCCGGAGCAUCGACAGUUCAGCUUUCUGGCGCGUGAACCGAAGGGCCAUUUUUCCCUGCAAUACUGCCACGCCUUCCUCACUCACACGCCCGAUCAGCCAGACAGUUGA